UACAUACGCAUACUCACUUGAGUCACUUGUUUAAAUAUUUUUCUGUUUCAAAAAAUUGGAACCUUUCACUGUUGAAUUUUGAUGACUACACCCUUGGAACAUGAUUACAUAGGCUUAUCAGAGGCUCCAUCCAUGGAGAAAAGCUGUGAUAAGAUAUCCUCUUCAGUUUCCUCCAAUCUUUCUUCUGAGGAUGAGAACACUACUUCAUCUCUGAACUUCAAGGAGACAGAGCUGAGGCUUGGCCUGCCAGGUUGUGAUUCUCCUGAGAACAACAACAAAUCAGGGGUCUCUCUUUUUGGCAAGGAUUUGCAGAAGAAGAAUAAUGGCUAUUCUUCUGCUUCUUCAACUCCUUCCAACAAGAACCUCAAGAGGGGCUUCCCUGAUGCCAUUAGCUCUUCUUCUUCCUCUUCUGGGAAAUGGAUUUUCUCGGCGAGUGAUGCAGCAACUGAAGCUGAUUUGGAAAGUGGUUCUAAUAUCUCUGGAGGAUGCAACAAAGAGGUUGGAAUGGUUCCUCACUAUGAGAAACCAGCUCAAGUUGCUGCAACAAAUGAACAUGCUCCUGCUCCUGCUCCAAAAGCACAAGUUGUGGGAUGGCCACCAAUUCGAUCUUUUCGAAAGAACACGAUGAUGGCUUAUAAUUUGGCAAAAUGUGACAACGAAGCUGAGGAGAAAUCAGGAGUAGGUUGUCUUUACGUUAAGGUCAGCAUGGAUGGUGCUCCAUAUCUCAGAAAGGUUGAUCUGAAAACCUACAGCAACUAUAUUGAACUUUCUUCAGCUCUUGAGAAAAUGUUCAGCUGCUUUACCAUUGGUCAAUGCAAUUCUCGUGCACUUCCUGGGAAAGAUGGAUUAAGUGAGAGUGCAUUCAGGGAUCUUGUUGAUGGCUCUGAAUAUGUUCUUACAUAUGAAGAUAAGGAAGGAGACUGGAUGCUUGUGGGUGAUGUCCCUUGGAAAAUGUUCACUGAGUCAUGUAAGAAACUAAGGAUAAUGAAAGGCUCUGAGGCAAUCGGGCUAGCUCCAAGGGGUAUGGAAAAAUUUAGGAGCCAAUACUAGUACAGAAGAUUCUGCUCCACCACUGGGUCAUUCACUGAAGCAUAUAAAGAAGGUUUAGAGGAGAAUUUGAGCUUAAUAAAAAAAUAAAAUAAGAAAAAAGAGAGGAGAAUUUGAGCUUAAUAAAAAAAUAAAAUAAGAAAAAAGAGAGGAGAAUUUGAGUUCAUGGUUCUGUAAGAAAUAAAACGAAACGUGCGUAAUGUAGCGUUUGAAUUUUUGUGCCUUCAGACACUGAUAAGUCUCAGUUUCUUUGUGAAUGUGCAGAAUAUCAAAUAUCUUGCUAUUUACUUAUGUGGUGCACCCUUUUUGGAUUCGUGUCGCUGCAUAAAAGAA